AUUUAAGAUUAAUCUAAAGCCUAUUCAUUGGAGUUUGAAAAGAAAGAAGAAUACGGGAAAACAAAGGAAAUAAUAAUCGUUUUCCCUCUUCGCCCUCAUCUGUUUGAAUAAAAACGCAACCACGUAACCUGGCCUUCCGAGGAGGCUAGGCCAAUGAGGUGCAGUCUGCCCGGCUCAGGUGGGGGCAACUUUUGUGAGUUUAUCUGUAGUUUUACGAUAACGUGCCUCUAGUCCAGACACAAAAAUAUGCUGUCCGAGACUAUUCCCCCGCCAACAUGCUUGCUGAAAUCCUACGUGGUACCUCACCGCCACAUGUUCGGACCUGGACCUUCCAAUGUCCCUCCUCGGAUUCUGGCGGCUGGGGCUCAGCCGAUUUUAGGGCACUUGCACGCUGAGACUGUAGAGAUCAUGAACCACAUCAAAAGUGGAAUCCAGUAUGCUUUCCAAACCAACAACAGCAUGACCCUAGCAGUGAGCGGCCCAGGCCAUGCAGCCAUGGAGUGUGCCAUCUUCAACUCAGUGGAGCCAGGGGAGAGCAUCCUUAUUGUAGUGAAUGGCAUCUGGGGGGAGCGAGCAUCCGAGAUGGCAGGGAGGAUAGGUGCCAGAGUUAACACAGUGGUUGCAGCUCCUGGUGGGUACGUUACCAAUAAAGACAUAGAGCAGGCCUUAGAGAAAUAUAACCCUGUGGUGCUAUUUCUGUGUCAUGGAGAAUCAUCCACUGGGGUGGUUCAUCCUCUUGAUGGCAUUGGUGGUCUAUGCCACAGGCACAACUGUUUGUUCCUGGUUGAUGCAGUGGCAUCACUGGCUGGUGCACCCCUCCACAUGGACAUACAAGACAUAGACAUUUUGUACACUGGUUCGCAGAAGGUCUUGAACGCCCCUCCGGGGACUGCUCCCAUCUCCUUUAGUGAGCGAGCAUGUCAGAAAAUCUUCAACAGGAAGACAAAGCCUGUAUCCUACUUCCUUGAUAUGAGCUGGUUGGCCAACUACUGGGGCUGUGAUGGCACACCAAGAAUGUACCACCACACUGGGCCAGUGUCUGGUUUCUUCUGUUUGCGGGAAGCCUUAGCCAUUCUUUCUGAGACGGGUCUGGAGAACUCUUGGAAGCAACACAAAGAAGUGGCUGAGUAUUUCCAUGAGGGUCUUGUGGCAAUGGGUCUCAAAUUGUUUGUGCAGGACAAGAUAAUGAGGUUGCCCACAGUGACCACUAUUGUUGCCCCUUCUGGUUAUGACUGGAAAGAGAUCACUGCCUACAUCAUGAAAACCCAUCAGAUUGAGAUCUCCGGAGGGCUCGGGCCGUCUGCUGGCGUGGUUCUGCGGGUAGGCCUGAUGGGCUGCAACUCCACCAAGGCCAAUGUGGACAUGAUAUUAGCAGCCCUUGCAGAUGCUCUUAAACAUUGCCACAAAAGCAGAGUCUGACACCUAUCCAGUGUCCUGAUUUAUGAUUGAUGAGUGGGUUUAUACUGAAAGAUGCACCUGGAAAUGUAUUCUCACUUUUCUUUCAACAUGUUGAUAAGAGAAAAUAAAGGAAUACAUUGCUGUCGACAAA